UUAGUUCAUUCCCACUUCCAUCCAUAUAAUCUCUCUAUCUCUCUUUCUUACACAAACACACACCCAAAAACAUGAAGUCCCUAAUGCUAUUCUUUGUCCUGGUCAAUCUCAUGGCUUUGUUCAUUACUCUUUCCGCUACAACAUCUAACAAUGAACAAUUCCUUAACGAGGAUGAUGAAACUCAAGAAGCAAUUUCUCUCCGUGGGACUAGCCGGUUUCUAGCUCAGAAAAAUGCCCGAGUUGUCAUGACAUGUGACAAGUACCCUAGAGUUUGUCAUGCCAAAGGCAGCCCGGGGCGAGAUUGUUGUAAGAAGAAAUGUGUGAAUGUGUUAACAGACAGGCUCAAUUGUGGGAAGUGUGGGAAGAAAUGUAAGUACUCAGAGAUUUGUUGCAAAGGUGAGUGUGUAAACCCCAGGUCCAACAAAAAGCAUUGUGGAAGUUGUGGCAACAAGUGCAAGAAAGGGAAUGUAUGCGUGUAUGGGAUGUGCAGCUAUGCUUAAAGUUAAAGAUGAAAAACCAACUUCAAACCAAUCAGGAUCAACUAGUUGUGCAGCAAGCUAGCUAUACUAGAAUGUUAAUGUGUUUCAUUAUACUUAUAGCUAUAGAUAAAUUUGUUAAUGUGUGUGACUAAUAAAGGCGAACCAUCACCAAUA